AUGGCACCAUUGAGCAACCUGGACCUUGUCAAGCAGGUGGAUGUAAUCCCCUAUGAGCCAGAGCUCGUUGCCAAGGCAUUCCCCGAGCCGCUGUACACGCUGCUCCAUCAGACGUCGACAGGUGAUCAAACCAUUGGGUAUAUGUUGAGCUCCGUGGUCAAGUCAUUAUUGUCGAUACCAGAGUCUGUUCGUGGCCAGGUGAAGGUCGACGAUGCGUCCAAGACUGUAAGGGCUUUCGACUUGCCUACCGAGACAGAGCGGACGCAGGUUGUGGCGAACGUCAUGAACUACUGGCGCGAGAAGGGUCCCUGGGAGAUCGUCAAGAAAUGGCGCAACGAGCCCUGGCCUGUCUACGGCAAUAACGACGAUUUGCUCUACAGUGUCGAGAGGGCAGGCGCUGGGUUGCUGGGCGUUAUGAGGUACGGAGUCCACAUGAACGGUUAUGUCAAGGACGAGGGGAGCGCACAUGGCAUCAAGCUGUGGGUGCCGCGACGUUCGGAGACCAAAAGCAACUAUCCGAGGAUGCUGGACAACACUGUCGCCGGCGGACUGAUGACCAACGAAGAUCCCUUUGAGUGCAUUGUCCGAGAAGCGGAUGAGGAGGCCAACCUGCCGGAGACGCUGAUGAGAGAGCACUGCAAGACAGCAGGCACCGUCGUUUACCUCUACAUCACGGACGAGAGGGCGGGGGGAGAGAAGUAUCUCGUAUAUCCCGAAACUCAAUGGGUUUUUGAUAUUGAGCUACCUGUCGACACGAUCCCGACGCCCAAGGACGGCGAGGUGGAGGACUUCUACCUAUGGACCGUUGAGCAGGUGCAGGAAGCGAUGGCUCGAGGAGAGUUCAAGCCAAACUGCGCCCUCGUUCUCAUCGACUUCUUCAUACGCAGAGGAAUCCUGACGCGGGAAAACGAGCCAAACUAUGACGAGAUUGUCCGGAGGAUGCACCGCAAAGUGCUGCUCCCGGGACCGCACCAGACUGCCAGACCGUCCAUCUCUGUGUCAUGA